AAAAAUCUUGACGAUGUAUGAUUUCCAUGUUUUUGAUCUGAAUGAUUUACCAAGUGGAAAAUGAGCUCAUCUCAAGACAUCGUCGAAAUUMCUUCGAUGGUUUGAGAACUAUGAUGCCAUCCCAGUGUUUGCUUUUUGAUUCUAGCGGUCUUGACCCAAAGAGCUGUAGCAAUCUAUUGCCGUACUAGUACUGUAUAGGAGGACGAUCUCAAUGACGGCAUUGUGUACAAACAGCGAGCUAUAUUGAUACAAUAGGUCUCUAGUUAUUCACCAAUUUGCAGCCCAUUAGAACAAUAUGAGCAGCUCUUUUUCACGUGACAGAUGACACACUUCAAACUGAAAUGAUGGCUGACAAUCAAGUAAUCGAUAUUGGUUCCAAACGAACAAACCGUUCAUCGUCUAUCCCAGCUGUUACCUCGGUUAAGCCACGUCAAACCAGACACAGCGUUGACCAGGGAAUGGCCUCAGGACAACAAGAACGUCUUGCUGAUGGCCGUCUACUUGUUCUCAAGGUUAUCGGGAAAAUAAAUCUACGAAUCGAGAGGAAAGAUUACGAUGAUCUUUCGAGUAUAUUUGAACAAGUACCUGGUGAUGUAUUGGUGUUGAUAUUAGGUAAACUAUCUCUUGAUGGAUUAUAUCGUGAUAUACCAAGCAGUCUUGCGCCAAUGGCUUCUCUCUUCAGUAAACUACAUGCCGACUGCAAUGGACGCUUUCCAAAGAAGSUMCUCAAUGGSGAUGACUUUGUUCAUCAUCUUGUCCGGUAUUUCUCGGAACUCUUAAAGUUCAACAAUGAAACAUUCGCAAGYGCUCGAUCGAGAGAACAUAUCCGAAAGAUUCUAUCAAUCUGCGUGAAAAAUGAUGAAAAAUUGGGCGAAGCCUUGUUGCGUAGAGUACAACUUCUUACAAAGACUAUCAAGGACUUCACGCAGCAUACCUUAGUUGAGCUAGUUAGCCGAUCUGCUACAAAAUACUGCAUGAAACUUCACGAGGCUUUGAAGAUAGAAAUGGAGCGAGCAACAGCUCAUUAUAAAAUGGCGCUUGGACAAAUGACCGAAGUGUUACAGACAAUUCCCGAGCAUAACCUCGAUGUAGCGCCAAUAACAGAGUCAAAGAUGGAUGAGAAAUCAACACAGCAAAUACGACAAUUAACGCAAAAACUUAUCGAAGAAAGACUGUGCUUUAACGAGGCCAUAUUUGAUGCGGCUGACAAGGGAGGCAAGGGACAAACUUCUGUUGCGAGCUUGGUUGGUAAAUUAGAAACAAGAGUGCAUCAUGAUCGAGAGGUUUUACGUCUUGUUAGCGAAUUGAAGAAGGAGUUUGGCAUAAGUUCGUCUGAAGAGCCAGUUGUAUGCAUGUUAGAAAGAUUUCAACAAGCUUAUCAGCAAGUUUAUCAAUUGUUGCAAGAAUCAGUGAAAGGAACAAARCAGGUUCUUAUGUCAAAGCAAMAUCUUAGUACAAAAGAAAAAGAUGASUCUGUCAGCGACACAGACCUGUUUGACUCGGUCACACAGUUAGACGAAGAAACUGAUCUCGAAAUGGUAAGCUCAACUGUCAGUUCUACAGAUUCAGAGAAACCACAUGAUGAAAGCAAUCAAAUCAAACUGAGAAAGCAUACAAAGGGGCAAAAAAAUGAGCUGGAAAAAGUCAAGAGAGAACUUCAGCAAGCACAAGAGAAAAUUAAAGAAAUGGAAAUGAAAGAAAAAGAGAUGAGAGACAGACUUGCUGACCARGCACAGAGACAGCUAAGGCGAGGAAAUAAAUACCAGGACAUGUCCGAGGCUGAUUCUCGGCCAUCAACWCUAACAGAAUGCUACGAUAACCUCUACUGCCAGACGAGAAUCGAUGCCCUUGAUGACUUAGACAACAUACAGGCCUUUGAUAAACUGGAUGAUGGUGACAGCAUUAAGGCAAAACUGCUUUUUAGCGUUGUUGCGGUGUCCUUUCGAACCGUUUACCGGUCAUUAACUGAAAAACAGAAUCGAAUAAAACGCCUUCUUGACAUUCCAGGAACYAGAAACAGCAAGCAUGCGCAGAGUGURCUCGAUGACAUCAAUGUCUAUUUUCGUCACACUGCUUUACACUUUAAUAUCGCUGCCAUUAAACGAGAGGUCAGCGCACAGCUUUGGAAAACACUCUACGACUUUCCUGACCUUCAAAAAUGUGAAAAACUGAACGUUUUCAUCGAUGAAUCAGUUACACUAGCAUGGCGUAUGUCGGUGCAGACUCCACCAAUGGCAGUUUACUACGAAACCAAUAAAUACAAUGAUAGCAUGCAUACAAGAUUUCUUACUUCUAACCCUGAUAGCCUUACGAUAMAAUACCAUAUAUGGCCUGCUUUGAUUGACAGUCAGACUGGUCACGUGUUUUAUCGAGGUGUAGUUGUCACGUGAUAAGAAAAUUUCGAGACAUGCAGCUUUUUUACGGUUUUACGGAAAACAUUGUAAAUUUCAUUACUAUUAUUGAAAUUAAUUGAAAUUAAAGACUUGGUUUGUCGUCGUCAGUUUUUGUGACGAAAGGCCUUAUGGGGCUUCUCGUCACUAUGUCAUCUUGUGAGUGACCGAACCGUAACAUCCACUUGUAGCAGGCGUUCCUUGCGAGUCCUUGAUAUUUUUAAGUUGAAAAAGAGAAAAUCUCUAGAGAAAAACAAACGAAGUAACAACAGCAAAGAAAAGAAGAAAAGAAAAAAAAAGAAGAAAAGAAAACAAGAAACAAUCGAAAAAAAAGAGAAAUACCAGAAACAGGACUCGAACCCAAAACUUUCAUUUAAGGAGAAGAUGUACCCCCCGGAAUACAUAAGAAAUAAGUGAAAAUAAAAAAACUAACUGCGGCCGAAUGCCGAUGUUCGAUGUAAUAUGACGGCUUUCACCAAGCUGUUCAAUUGUUGUUAUUGUUUUCCAAAUCAUCACUCAUCCAAAUUAUUAUCUCGACAGUUCUUGUAUCAGACAGACACUAUUUAGUCGGGUAAGGGCACAAAUCUC